CGCAGAUGGGUCCAUCCCGGAGAUUGGUAGCAGACGUCUCCUUCGAGUGGGUGGUGGCCUGGCCGCCUUCCUGCGCGCUUGCGUGGGAAGGCCAGGAACCAGAAGGAGACCCUUUUUUCGCGAAGACCAAAGUCUGGAAAAAGUGCCGCGGACGCCGUCGCGCUCGGGGCCCGGAGAAUGACUUGGAGCCGGCGCCCAGGCGGGGAGCUAGUCCGGAUCGGGGGCGGCUCGGAGUAGGUCCGGCUUUCGCGCAGACGGGAGGUGCAACAGGAAAAAACAGUUUGCAGAUCAAGCCUUAGAAUGGACAGUUACUUUAAAGCAGCUGUCUCUGAUUUGGACAAAUUACUUGAUGAAUUUGAACAGAAUGCAGAUGAACUUGAAAAUAACAGCACUAUAAAUCUUCAUAAUUCUGAGCACCACUUAGUUUUGUCAGAUUCAUCUUACCAGCAGCCAAAACCCUUUGAGCCAAAUGCAGAAGAAAAUGUCAGUUGUGUUAUAUCAGAUGAACUCUCAUUAUCUUCUCAAACUACAAAAGUUGCAAAUUUUGAACAAUUGAACUCUGACCAGAAUGAGAAAAAUGUUACUGGUUUAGAUCUUCUGUCCAUGGUGGGUGGUGGUUCUUCAGAUAAAAAUCAGUCAUCUUGCUUGAAGGGAUGCAGUAUACCUGUCUGCGAUCUUAUCAGUGACACAGGUGGUUUGACCCAACUAAAAGGUAACUUGGGAUGCAUUCAAAAGUUGCAGCCAGAUGACUCUCAGUGUAGUCUUUCUAUUGAUGGCUUUGAUUUAGCUCUACUGUCAACCAAAGGUAAUAAUUCAUUGGUUGAUUGCAUUUCUGAUUCUGGGACACAGCAACAAAUUGAUGAAACACUGUACAAAAUACAAUAUAAUGCAGCAGGAGAACUUAAUCAAUGCGAAUUAAAGACAGAUGUUCCUUUUGAACCAAAUAUAGCAGACUCUGGUGAAGAUCAAGAAAAAACAAAACAUUUGAACAAUAAUGAAGUAUUUGACCAGAAAGAACAAGUGAUAGGAAUUGAUAUGGUAUCAACUUUAGUAACUCAUCUUUCAGCUGCACUUGGAUCCAAAGAUGAAUCAACAUGUGAAAAGCUGCCUUGUGAGACAUUACUGGAUGAAAAUAAUUCAAAAAGUCAAAUGACACAUGAUAAGAGUGACAAGCAAGCCAUUUCAGAAGAUGUAAAUGAAUCAGAAGCCUUGAAUUUGCCAAAGAUCCAUGAAGUAAAUAAUCGCAACAUAAUAUGUAACAAAAAACUUUUAUGUGAUUCUACUCUUCAGACAGAAAAUGUGCUAGCUUUGGAUAAAGAACAUAGCACAAUUGACAAGUUUUGUAAUGUACAACAAUACACUGAUACAACUUUAAAUACGGUUUCAGUACCAGAGAUCUCUGAAGAUAUACAGACUUCAUUAUCCUGUCUUCCACUUGCUGUUUCUAUAUGUGCAUCAUUAGUUAAUACUGAUGACACAAAUGGAAAGAUUACUCAGAAAGAAGAUGUCAUUAGUGACAUAGCUCUGCACACUGAAAAUAGCCUUCCUAAAGACGAAUUUUUUGGAGAAAUAGAAAUUUCAGAAAAGGAGAACGGUCUCAACAAAACCAAUGAAUGUGGGAUAGAAAAAUCUUCCUCAACAAAUAGAGAGUAUGUUGUUUCUAGUAAUUGUGAGCCUUUCCAACAUCAGGAUUCUAUUGCUACUACUAGUCCUUUUUUGGCUGCAGAUACUGAAAUGUGCAGUGUUUUGACUGUUGAUGUUGAUGAAAGACCUUUUGUUGAUCUAGCUUUAGAAGAAGACAUUAUUGGAAGCAACAUGCUCAUUAGUGAUACUGAGCUUGAUGCCUUUUUGUCUGAACAUUGUCUUGAAGCAAAUAAUUCAAAGCCUCUGAAAGAAGAUACUAGCAGUGGACUUUUGGAAUCUGAUGUAAUAAAUGACAACUUACUGGAUAUAAGCCAUAUGAGUAUCAGAAGUGAUAGCAUACAAGCAGAACUGGAAUUUAAGAAAGCAAAAACUUCCAUUGAAAAUAAUUGUAUCUGUAUUCCGGAAUCUAGCUUAGGGAUCCCAGUGGAAAAACACACACAGCAGGUUCAACAAGAGGCUAUAGAGAACACAAAUGAGAUUGGAAAUGAAGUUUCAGAUUCAAUAAACGGCCAGCCAACAGUGCAUAGUGGAGGAGCAAGACCAAAGCGGCUGCUAAACCUUCAACCAAAUGCCACAAUCCCUUCUGAGUUCAGCAAUAAAAAUACAUCUGGGAGUGAAUCCCAAAUGAUAAACUCCACAGACUCGAGUACGUUCCUCUCAGAUGAUAAAAUUUCUCCUGAAUCAGACUUUAGCUAUAAUAAUGCUGAUGGACAAAGAUGCUUGGGAAACACGGAAGAAAAUGUCUUACCUGUGAUUUCGGAGCCAAGUAAAGUAGUGGGACAAGCUAUAGCCUUGGGACAGAAGCAACCAUCCUGGGUUCCUGACUCAGAAGCACCAAAGUGCAUGAAUUGUCAAGUCAAAUUCACAUUUAGAAAAAGAAGACACCACUGUCGUGCCUGUGGGAAAGUUUUUUGUGCUCCCUGUUGCAAUCGAAAAUGCAAACUCCAAUAUCUGGAUAAAGAAGCAAGAGUCUGUAUAAGCUGCUAUGAGUCCAUUAACAAAGCACAGGCAUUAGAAAGAAUGAUGACCCCAACUGGUCCAGCACCUGAUUCUGUAUUUUCUGAAUCUUCAGCUGUUCCAUCUCUGCAUGAAACCCAGACAUCUGGACCGCUUCCUAAAGAACAGAAAAGAGUUUGGUUUGCAGAUGGAAUUUUACCUAAUGGGGAAGUUGCAGACACAACAAAAUUGUCAUCUGGAAUCAGGCGAUUCCCACAGGAACCAUAUUCUGUUGGAAGUCCAACAAAUGAAACUGUCUCUGCAACUGAUACCAAAUCAAAAGAUGAAAUGCAUGUUGCUGAAGAAACUGGGAUUGUAUGGUGUUCUACUUCUGUUCCACAAGAAGACCUAUUGCCUAGUAAAGGGCGACUUGACUUACCAUGUGAUUCUGACCGUCUGCCCAUUUCACAAACUCAAGUGCCAUGUGAUUCUGAUUCUGUGAUUGUAGCUGUUACUGAAUUUCCUACUGUUGCUGAACCAGCAAAGGAACCUGUUCCUGCUGCAACAGAUCAAGCAAAUGAUAUACCUACUAGUACAUUAGAUUAUAGGAUGCUUUGUUGCAUUGAAAACUGUGUUAGCAAGGAGGUCAGUCUUAUUCCCGAGGAUGAUGGAUUUCCACCUCUUCUGCUUGCAAAAGGAGAAAAAGGCAAAGAAUCCUUAAUAGAAGAACAUCCUUCUAAUGAGCAAGUUACCUUAUUGCUUGAAGACUCUAAUCCAGUGACAUUCAUCCUAAAUGCAAACUUACUUGUGAAUGUAAAGAUACUAUCUUAUAAUUUAGAAAGAUGCUGGUAUUUCUCCACCAAUGGAAUGCAUGGCUUGGGGCAAGCUGAAAUUAUCAUACUAUUACAUUGUUUGUCAAAUGAAAGUGAUAUUCCUAAAGAAAUCUUCAACUUAUUUAUCAACAUAUAUAAAGAUGCCAUGAAAGGAAAAUUUAUAGGAAAUUUGGAAAAUAUUAUAUUCACUGAAGACUUUCUUGGAAGCAAAGAGCAUGGUGGAUUUCUGUUUGUUACACCCACAUUUCAGAAGUUAGAUGAUCUCGUGCUACCUUCAAAUCCCUUUUUAUGUGGUAUCCUUAUUCAUAAACAGGAAGUACCUUGGGCAAAGGUUUUUCCUAUUCGCCUGAUGUUGAGAUUAGGAGCUGAAUAUGGGGUAUAUCCAACUCCAUUAACAAGUAUCAGACAUAGAAAGCCACUGUUUGGAGAAAUAGGCCAUACAGUCAUGGAUUUACUUGUUGACCUUAGGAAUUAUCAAUAUACAUUGCAUACUAUAGAUAAUUUAUUUAUUCAUAUGGAAAUGGGUAGAAGUUACAUUAAAAUACCUCUGAAGAAAUACAAUGAGGUGAUGAAAGUAAUGAACACUUCUAAUGAACAUGUCAUUAGCAUUGGAGCAAGUUUUAAUUCUCAAGCAGAUUCUCACUUAGUUUGUGUACAAAAUGAUGAUGGAGUAUAUCAAACACAAGCAAACAGUGCCACUGGACAGCCUAGGAAAAUUACAGGUGCAAGUUUUGUAGUGUUCAAUGGAGCCCUAAAAACAUCUUCUGGAUUCCUUGCUAAAUCCAGUAUUGUUGAAGAUGGAAUAAUGGUACAAAUAACUCACGAAACUAUGGAUAGCUUGCGUCAAGCUCUGAAGGGAAAAAAAGACUUCCGAAUUACAUGUGGCAAAGUGGAUUCAGGAGAUUUCAGAGAAUAUGUAGACAUUUGUUGGAUAGAGAAUGAGGAGAAAACAAAUAUGAGAAUAACAAGCCCAAUAGAUGGGAAAUCUAUGGAAGGAGUACAGAGUGAAAAAAUAGUUCAAGAAGAACGUUUUGAAGUGGAUGGAAAACUUGUAAAAUGUACAGAAGUAUUCUAUCUGUCAAAAGCUAGCGAGCUAUACAAUAGUGUUCAUCAGCUUGCUAAAGAAAUUGCAUUGGCUUCUUAUACUGCACUUGGACAGCAUCUCAAAACACUGAAAAAUAAUGGAAUGAACAAGAUAGGUCUCAGAGUCUCCAUGGAUGCUGACAUGGUAGAAUAUCAGGCAGGAUCUGGAGGCCAGCUUCUUCCACAGCAUUACUUAAAUGAUUUGGAUAGUGCUUUAAUUCCUGUAAUUCAUGGUUGGAUAUCCAGUACUACAAGCUUACCACUGGAAAUGGAAUUAAUCUUUUACAUUAAUGAGUCUCUUUUAAUAUAACUGGCAAGAAUCUACUUUUGAGGCUUAUUGUGGGAGUGGAAAAGGAAGUCAAAUGGCCCUAGAUAUAUUGAAAUCCUCAGUUGCAUCUAACAAGACACAAACAUACCCUGACAUCUUUUUAUAAUGAAUAAUGAAUUUUAUAAUUCAUCUUCAGUUCAUAAGUGGGACCAUCCAAAGUUGCCCUCAAGGUGUGUACAAAUCUGUAAAGCUUUAUCACCCACAGAGAAUAGAGACAGGAUUGGGAAUAGCAAAUGUCACACCAGCAUAAUUUUCUGCUAAGGAUGGGUGGAUGGCACUGUAACUUAGUGGGGAAAGCUCAAAGUCAUUAGGUGGUUUAUUUGAUUUUGGCUUAAUAUGUUAUGUGAAUCACUGUGGUUUAUUCAGUAAAUGAAGUUAAAUAAACCAGCACUAUGUAUGAAUCCAAUCAGUAUGAUUACCUUACAAUCUUUCAUAAUGUGUGGGUAAGCAAAAGGGUUUGUUCCUCAAAACCUUUUCCUCGGCAAAGCUGAAACUACCAAAUAUAGUUGGCACAGUCACAUAUCCCUCUGACCCAGUUAUGUUUUUGGUUCAUGUUCCACAUCACCUGUAAAGUUUUCAGCUGUUCUUCUCUGCCUAACUAUGUAUUUUCCCCUUUUCUCUCACUCUCUUUGUUUUCAUCUUGCCUGGUAGUUAGGACUGUAGUAGACUAUUUCUUAUUGUCCCUUGUACUCUUUUCAAACACUUUUCAUAUACCUUAUGACUGUAUUAAAUAACUCACUAUAUUUUCACUGGUAUGAACAUUUUAGAAUCAGUUGGAUGUGUUUCUUCUGGUCCCUGGAUUAUCUACUUACUCUGGACUUCAGUUCCCCAGCAUUUUCUUUUCAAGCAUGUUACUGUAAUACUUUAAUAAUCAUUUGCCAGGAUUGCUUUUGCUUUAUAAUAAAGACACAAAUGUCUGUCCCUUAUUUUUUUAACCAAGUAUAGCUUUAAUUAAGCACUGCACACAUUCAAAAUAUUGCUUCAGGUCAUGGUCCUGUUCAUGAGUGGGGCAUUAUGUAUUUCCCUAUUUUUAAAGAUGUAUGGUACUACGUUCUUACCAAGCAACUGCAUAUGAUACUUUAUUGCCUAGUGCAAGGAGGUAGCUCAGGUUACUGUUCCAGAUUAUAGGGGAUGUGAAAUAAAUACCUUAAUGUAUUCUCCUUUUUCUUUUCAGGCUAUCCCAAAUUUAUGGUUACAAAGAUUUGGUUCAGUUGAAGGAUUUGUACAUUUUAUGCUGAACUUUUUUUUUAGAUAUGCCUUAGAAGCAGAUUUAAUACCAUGCCCCACAGGUUUAACUUUGGGAUUUAACUUCAGUUUUGGGAUAGGCUUACUGUAGUCAAAGGAAGCAUUCUUGUUCUCUUUAUCUUAUGAUGCCAAUGGUUUGUUAAAGAUUAAAAAAUGUUUAAAAUUCAAAAUAUCUUAAAAUGUUUCUGGGGUCUUUCUAGCCUUGACAAAAAAAUUCUCAAUCUUUGUUUAAUAAAUUAAAAUGUACAUGUAAAGCUUAAAGUAAUUCUGACAUUUCUGUUAUUUCUGUUUGAUUUGUUUUUGCAAUCUGGUUUGUAGGAUUAUUUGUGCCUUAGUACUUGAUGUAAGAAAUACAAAUUUUAGAAGUAAAACUAGCACAACAUGUGACCCAGCCACUAUGUGAUUGUUUAUUUUGUCGUCUGAAAAGCCAGAGUUAGUUGGGCAAAUGAGCAGUGAAGGAUUGUUGGCCACCUUUUAGCUUGUUUUUCAAAAGAUUUUGCCUUGCGUGUCUAAGAAAUGGCUAAUGUCUUAGAGCACAAAACAAAGCAGGAAUAAACUAAGGCAUCACAAAUGAACUUCAUGUAAUGGUUUGCAUAUCACACUAAAUCAUAUAUGCUGUCAGGAAAUCAACAUUCUGCUGUUUACUUUGCCAAAGUAGCUUAUUCAGUGACCUCAUUUGCAAAUCAUGCUGAGCCAUUAUGACAUAGUCUAUCAGUAAAUCGAGGCAGUAUGUUACAGAUACAGAUAGUCCUCACUUAACAACCACAAUUGGAACCAGAAUUGGGUUGCUGGGCGAUGCAGUCGUUAAGCAAAUCAUCACGACUGGACCAGAUUUCACAAGUUUUUUUGCGGUGGUCGCUAAGUGAAUCACCAUGGUUGUUAAGUGAAUCAUGCGGUUAAGUGAAUCAGGUGGUUCCCCAUUGAUUUUGCUCAC